UAAUUAUGAUGAAUUGAUGAUUGAUGACCACGGGUUACUGGCUAGCCCUGCAUAAUAAUCUUCCGUCGACCAUGUCCGUUUCUCCUGGAGGCUGAUUAUGGUUGAUGUUUUAUCUCGUGAGAGCAGAUGGCUAGGCCAGCUGUGAUGGUUAAUGUUGUAGAUGUCUACAUAUCUGUCUGGUGUCUACUGAUUCUAUUUAUUCUCCAAACCUGGUUCAGGAAUCACAACCUCUUCAAUCUCAUUCUCAGGCAUAUAAUCUGAGCUAUGAUCUGGAGUCCCUUCGAGACAGUGUUUGGUGAAACUCUGGCUCUCCUAGUUGCCAAGAUAGCCGAUGUUAGGGAUGCAUGAAGUAUGACCUCAUUGUCUCUUUGUCUGUGCCUUCCAUUGUGGGUCGGGUUUAUAUCCAUCCCAAUAAGCUAUUUCUUUAAAUAGACUGUUUGAGCCGUCUUCUCUGGCAAAUCAAAUGGAGCGUGGGAGCUCUACUCAAAGUCUUUCGAGUAGAGGCGGUUCUGACAUGGGAAGCAGCCGUUAUCUGAUAGAGUCAGGGUUCUAUCUCACAUCAUUAGCUGCAACAAUCUUCGUUGCAGCACUUAUAACAGUUGGGGUUUUGUUUAUCACUUUGCUGGUAGCAUUAACUCUCAUGUUACAAUCCUGUCAAAGUAGGAAUUCUGGGGUUGUUCAGCUCCGGGAAACAAGAGUUGAGUAUGAUUAUUGCAAGAGUUUUACUCUACAUGCGGAGCUUAACAACUUGGAAGUGGCCGAGUUUCCAACAAUAUGCAAGGCACAUGCCAUUUCAUACAUCAAAGAAGGUCAAUAUCUACGAGAUUUGAAUUUCACCAUAAUGAUAGCUGAGAACUACUUUAGUAAUUUGACACCACAGGAUGAUGGGUUGGAUGUUAUUUUGAUUGAUAUAGAUGAUAUAUUUCCAUCUAAUCCUCAUCGUGCCCAUCCCUUGCUGUUCAGAUCUGGCCAACAUGAUGGGAGUGCUUUGACUGAAGAAGCAAAGUAUAUUGCAAACAUGCUUUCUCUGAGAUUGCAAAUGAAGCUCCGAUCUAGCGGGUGGUCUUUGAUUUUUAUCACUAGAAAGCCAGAGAAACAGCGUAAUGAUACCACAAGAGAACUCAUUUCUGCAGGAUAUGUAGGGUGGUCAUCUUUGAUCAUGAGUUUGGAUGACGAAAUGCAACUGGAUAGCUGGGAAUUCUUUUCUAAAAGGAGAACAGAAUUACGGAGUCGAGGCUUCCGUAUCACAAGCAUUAUUAGCAGCAGGAUGGAUGCUUUAACAGGUCCAUGCUUAGGGAAACGUAAUUUCAAGCUUGCAAAUCCGAAUUCUAUUCUCUACAUGCUAGAUCCUCAGAAUGGAACAUUGGAACAAAUACAGUAAAAUGCGUCUCUAGGUGAUUUGUCAUUUAUGCCGAUAAGGAAUGGUCUAUUGUAAAGCCUACUGUAAAUAUGUAACUAACAGAUUUUUUUUUUUUUUUUUAUUUCAUGAAUAUGUUAUAUGUUCAUAAUCUAAACCUAAUUAGUCAAUUACCCAAGGGAGAAUAAUAGUAUACACGAUUUAUUUGCAUCUA